UAACCGUUAUCGAUUUAUUGUCCCAAUUUAGCGAAUCCAAAAUGGCUGCACAAAACAAGAUUCUCUGCUGCUUGGUCGUCGCGCUUUUAGGCCUAGGAAUUUACGAUGUUCUCACAAAUUUCGAGAGCAACCGAUGUGCUAUGUCCUUUAUGUGGGAAACACCUGAGUAUAUUGAUGUUCUUCAUAUGAAUGAGACUCUGCAGGAGAAGUAUCCCCACUAUUCCCUGACAGUGUAUGGGGAAGGCAGAUAUGCUACAAACUUAGAGAAAGGGAAGUAUACUGGCAUUCCUAUUUUGUUCAUCCCUGGAAAUGCUGGAAGUCACAAACAAGUUCGUUCCCUGAGCUCCAUUGCGCUGAGAAAAGCCUCCGACAAAUACAACUUCCAUUUCAAUUACUUCAGUGUUGAUCUGGAUGAAGAACUCAACGCAGUUUAUGGAGGAGUGUUGGAGGGGCAAACAGAGUACGUCCAUGCCUGUGUGAAGCACAUCCUGGAGCUGUAUAAAAACAACAAGAAUCCUCCCAAACAGGUCGUGAUCAUUGGUCACUCAAAGGGAGGACUAGUAGCUAAAGCCCUCUUUGCCUUGCCUGACUUUGAUGCCAGCACCGUCAACACUCUCAUCACCAUGGGAACACCCCAUGUGAAUGCCAUCGUGAAGCCUGAUAUCUACAUGGACCAGUUUACUACUAGUGUUAACGAGUUCUGGUCUGAAAACUGGGAUUCUGCCGAAUUGCAAGAUGUAACCGUUCUGUCCAUUGGAGGCAGUUACCGUGACAACAUGGUGCGGUCAGGGCUGGUCUCUAUGAAUGGGAUGGUUUCACCUGAUAGAGGGCUUAGUGUUGUGGUUGGCUCCAUACCUAGGGUUUGGCUCUCUACAGAUCACAGAUGCAUUGUGUGGUGUAAGGAGUUGGUACUUGCAACAAACAGAGCUCUCUUUGAUAUGGUUGACAAGCUAACAAAACAGAUUUCUGUGAAUCCUGAGUAUCGAAUGAAGGUCCUAAACCAUCACUUUGUCUCACAUGAUGGGCAGUCAAGCUAUACUCCUCACACUGAAGACGUGGUUGGAUUUGCUGAUGAAAACUUCAAAGCGAUAUCCUCUGGUUUCCACCACGUCGCCGGGCGUCACAUCGAGAAGGCCGUCCACUACACCUUCCCCAUCAACCCCAGCGACCCUAACCACGCCCUCUUCACCGUCACGGCCACCAUACCCUCCACCAGCGGGUGGCUCUAUGCCUGCACACGAUCCCACGAGGACCGGUGUAUAGAGGGCGUCGACAUCACCAGGAGGGCGCGGCUCAUGCCACCGCUCAAGUCCAACAUGAGAGUGGCCCAUCUGGACCUGAAGAACCUCGGGAUCGAUAAUGUGAAGCAGAUUGUCGUCAAGAUACCAAAAACAAACAAGGUGAAUGUUAUCGCUGAUUUGCAUGGAAGAUCAGGAAGAAUUAUGAAUGCAACUCUACCAGGUUUCUUCUCCUACAAACCCAAGACAGUGAUGAAGCAGCAUGACUCCCAUACAUUAUUCUUCAACAUCUCACUCCCCGAUCUAGACUCGGUGUGGAAGGCUUACACCGCUAUUCUAGAACCCGCCCAUUGCGCUGAUCCUGUAAGAAAGGAUGGAAACACCACCCUGCACUUUCAUGUACCUUGGUAUCAGGAGGAUGAAUGGUCCGUUGCCAAGGCAACAGAAAACAAUGUCAUGCCCCUGAAGCUUCAGAGUGGGCGACCGGCGGACGACCUCCGAUCCGUCCAGCUCCAUGCAUACGUGUACUCCAGGUGCCAUUACAGGCUGAGGAUAGCUGUGUCACACAGAGAGAUACCGGGACAGCUGAUGCGUUUCUAUGGCAACCUGUUGCCCAGCUUCGUGGUGGUUGUAGCUCUCCUGGUUGUCUCCUUCAGUUUGAACAACCUUGUAAUGCAGAAGCCUGUAGAGUCCUACAUCAUGACACAGUCCACACACUGCAAGCCAUUCAUUGUGGUCCCGUUCAUUACCAUGCUAAGAAAAAUCAUUCCGCACAUAUACGCCCCUCUGGACGAGGCAGACAACUUCAAGGUACUGGACGACCAGGGUAUCAACUUUGGCAUGCUACCCAUCGUAUUCUUUGUCUUUGGUUAUGGAAUAUUGACCAUCUUGGCAGGCCUCUUGGAGAUGGAUGUUCUCUUCUUUGGAAAGAUUCUCUCACUCGUCAAAGGAACGAGUAUCGAUGCUGACAGCACCCCUUAUACCGGUAGUCUGGGGUACUCUCUGCUCCUCUAUGCAAUCCUAGGGGGUCUCAUGGCGGUCUGUGUGGGCUCCUGUGGGGCUGUGGUGCUCCUGGUAUUAGUGGUGCUCUAUCUACUAAAGGUCGUCGCACUUCAGGCUAGGGUCCUUGUGUUAAAGGGAUGCCUCAAUCUGACAAACGAUGCCAUUGAAAAGGACAAAGAUGUGAAGGAGAUUGAACAGGAGAAAGAUGGGAAGGAGAUUGAAAAGGAAAAAGAUGGGAACGAGGAAGAGACGAGUGUGAAAUCUCAGGAAGAUGAGACAGCAGCCAGCACUGCGGAGCCCUCCCCACCUACACCACCCUCCCCACCUACACCCUUAGAUGUGGCCCAAACCAGUCUCCAUUUCCAUUUUGCUCUCAUGGUCCUCACCCUUCUACUGGCUCUCCUCAAUAUACCGUCCCUCGCUUUCUGGGUGAAAAAUAUGCAGCAUGACAUAUACAACCUUGAGAGAGACCCGGCUCUCUACCCCACCCUUGUGGUGAUAGCAGCCCUGACUGUACUGCUGGAUCCAGCUUACACCAUUCCAAAGAAAGGGCUCAUAACCAAAGGUCUCUCCUGGAUAGUGCAUGCCUUCACCCUGAUCGCUCUACUGUAUGCAUCAGACGCUAUGUAUCGUCUCUCCUACCUCCUAGCAUCAGCUAUCUUCCUGGUAGCCGUCAACCAAGUCAUGCCGUUAUGAUGAUGGGAGCUUUUAGAUUGAUCUUAGAGAGAAAGAGAGAGAGAGAGAGAGAGAGAGAAUCCUUCGUUCAUUUGUCCUGUAAUUUUUUGUUUGCGCCCUUCAUGGACUAGGAGUUGUGAGACCGUUGAUCUUAAAUCCAGCAAUAGUUCCAGAAGACUUUUGCAAUGAAAAUCUAAAUUGAUUAAUUUCAUUUCAUUUCUUUUCUUUAUUAUGUCCAUAAAGGAUAAUUUACAAUCAUACCCCUUGUAAAUUUGAUGUUAUAUGUAACUCAGGAAUUAAAAAAUGGACCGGUGGAAUUAGGACCUUUGUUGAAUACUUUUAGAUAUAAGCUUUAAUAUGUCACAUUCUCA